UAAUAUAAAGGAUAGAAGCAAUAUGAAAUAUCUACCCCGGAAACCAAGCAUUUAUGUACAUUCAUUCCUCUUGGAGGUUUGAGGUAAUUGGUGGAAGGAUGUCAACAGUUGUAAGGACAAGCAUAGGAUCAGUUUGUGUUUGUAGUGGAAUAAACAUAAACAUAGCAAAGCCUCUCAGCCGUCAGUGCCGUUUCUUCCCAACUUCCGUUUCUCCUCUCCUCUCAUGUUUUCAGAAAAAGUGCGAUUUGAAUCUUCCAAGACCUGUUCAAGAUGCUGCAGACUCAAAAAUAUCAUGUAGCUUACUGAAUGUGCAAGAUGGGAUAGAUGAUGAAGCAUGUGAGCUAGUGAGUGGAGUAGAGCUUUCAAUUGGGGAGGGUGUUGAUAAUAUCCGUGCUUAUCUGUUCAAGGCAGUGAAAAAUAACAAUGGAACCGGCCUAUUGCUUCUUUCUGAUGUUUUCGGGUCGGAGGAUUCUUUCACUAGAGAUUUUGCAUAUCGGGUAGCUUGCAAUGGUUACAACAUUCUAGUUCCAGACUUAUUUCGUGGAAAUCCUUGGACAAAGGAGCAGGCAGAUGUGUUUGAAGAGUGGAUUGGUAGACAAAACCCAGAGAGGAUAGCAGAAGAUAUUAGCAGAUGGACAAAAUGGCUGGUUGAUGAAUUUAUGGCUGCAGUUUCCAAGAAACUUGGCGUUGUUGGGUUCUGCUUUGGAGGUGGCCAAGUGUUGAAGGUGCUGGCGCAAGACCAUGGUUCUUGUUUUGGUGCUGGAAUCUCCUUUACGGUACAAGGAUGGAUCCCUUGCUGCUUCUGAUAUAAAGCUCCUGUAUUAUUUAUUUUAGGAGAUAAUGAUCCACUUUGCGUGGUAAGUGAAAGCCAGAAUAUUCAGAAGAAAAUUGGAGAGGGCUCCAAAGUAGUGGUGUUCCCAGGUAGAGGUCACGGAUUUGCUCACCGGCCUGGAUCUCCUGAAGAGGAUGUGGAUGCUGAACAUGCUUAUGUGAUUAUGAGAGACUGGCUAUAUGAUCAUUUGGUUGUAUAAAAUUAUAUAUAUAUAUAUAUUCAACAGUUGCGUCUUAACAUGUUAA